AUGAGGAAGGAGGUGGACGAACUAAAAAGUGUUAUGAAGGACAAAGGCGGAAAGAAUCUGGAUGUGAUGAUUCGAAGGAUGGACUCACCUUUCACCACUGAAGUACUAAAUCGUCCCCUCUCGCCAAAAUUCUGUCUCCCACAGUUGGAAUCAUAUAACGGUUCCAAAGAUCCCUUGGAUCACAUUGAAUCAUUCACGACACUGAUGCUACUACUGCAGAUGACCCCAGACGAAGUGAUGUGUAGGGCAUUCCCAACAACGCUGAAGGGAGCAGCCAAAGUAGACGAAGCUGAAGAUCAAGUCAUCCUAAAAACCUUCCAAGGAGGAUUACUACCAGGAGAUUUCUUCUUCUCAAUUACUAAAAGUCCACCAAAAACAAUAGCGGAGUUGCUCUGUAAAGCCCAGAAGUACAUGAAUGUAGAGGAUGCAAUACUUGUAAAGGAGUUAAAGGCAAAAAGGAAGAGAGACGAAGGAACAAAUAGCAAUCAGGAUAAGAAGAAGGAGACACGAAGUGGUGGCCAAACCACAUGGAAAAAGAAGGAGCUUCCAAAUAGGAAACCCAGGUUUACCAACUUCACUCCUCUAAUAAUGCCAAUUGAGCAGGUCCUUAUGCAGAUAAGAGAUGAUCUUUCCCUGCAAUGGCCGAAACCAAUAAGCACUCUAGUAGAAAGAAGAGACAAGAGCAAAAAGACAAAGCCAUACAAGUACCAACGGAAGGACGACCAAGACAGAACUCCGAAGAUAGGGCACACCAAACCCCCUGUAGGAGAAAUAAAGACCAUCUUGGGAGGAAUAACAAUAGGUGGAACGUCGAAAUCCCUAAAAAAGGCGCAGGGAAAGGAGAUAAACAGUGUCCAUUCACGACUCCCUCCAAUGAAGACACCAAGGAAUGAUGAAUUUGAUAUUGUCUUCUCAAAAAGAGACAGUCGUGGCAUCAGGCAACCCUAUGACGAUCCACUUAUAAUCAUGCUUAGGGUAGAAGAGUUCAACAUCCACCGGGUGCUCAUUGACAACGGAAGCUCAGCAAAUAUCAUCUACUUGCCUACAUUUCAGCAAAUGAAGCUGGAGGAGAAGAAGAUCAGGCCUUUCACCUCACCUCUAGUAAGCUUCACGAGGGAUAGAGUCAUCCCUAAAGGCAUCGUCACUCUAACUAUGAUUAUAGGAACUUAUCUGGCAUAG